AUGACUACAACAACUCAGCCGUCUCGUGACUCCCAUCUUCCAGCUCCAGCAUCCAUCGCCCUUGCAUUGGCUGUUCUGCGCUCAAAACCACAAGAUGUUGAUCUUGACGAGCAUUUGGACCGGAUCACAAGCUGCAUCAGCCGCGAGCCAUCAUCGACACAUCGAGUCCCUUCCGACCAUCUGGAUGCCAUAAUCUACUGGAAGGAAGAGUCUCGUCGUGCAAACAGUGAGAAAUCCAAACUUCAAGAUGAGAUCCUCGAACUUCGACUCCAGCUCGAGGGAUCGAAACAGUCCGGGAAACCAUCGCAGAAAAGGAAUGCUGAACCUCAGAUUCCCUCCGAAGCAAACACGCAGUCCAAGCGGAGGAGGCUAAGCGGGAACAACGAAGACUUCAAUGGCCCUGAUGCACUUGAACAGCUCGACAAAGCCUGCGACCCUGAUAUCAAACAUCUACUUCGAUCAUUAUUCACACUCAAGCAGCUGCUCGGAGGUAAUUCCAACGACGCUAGGAGAGUGUUCAGAUGGCUCUCGACCCUCUGCACGUCUAUGGUCAAUCUAGUCAAACGUCCAACGGAACUUUCUCCUCGGUUACCGAAGGCGUACGGCUGUAUGCUCCUUGGUCUCCGUCGGAUUCGUGAUCUGGUAAACGACCAAGAAGACAUGUUCACCUCGGCCAUCAGCACAACGACUCGGCUUUUUCAGACCAUGCUAGGCUGUCUUCAUCAGAUCGCGCUCGAUGAAGUAGCUAGGCGUGAACGGGAAGAGCAGCGCAAAAGCAAGAAGCACAAAUCCAAUACCAAAGCUGUCAAGACAUCCGGACCGGACAGUGAGGUUUUGUGUAAGACGAAUCUCGCGGCUCUCAUGCAGAUGCUCUCCAUUUUCUUCGCCCAGCUGGAGCAUUUUCACAAGUCGGAUCGCGUUCUCUACGAAUGUAUAUGCUCUGCGCUGCUCGACCACAUAGGAUCCUCGUUGUCACUCCUGGUGUUCCUCGACCCACAGAGUGAAGAAACGGGCCUGAAAUCUGUCACCGGAAUUGUCGACGUCGCGCAUCUGGAGCCGGAGUCAGCCAUAUCCACGGCACGCCUCUCAGCUCCAUACCUAGUCAGGGUCCUCCGCACUGCACUGGGGUCUGCAGCAAAAGAUGACCGGGGAGGGAAGGGCCAAACGCAAAGAGUGCCGGGGAACACAUCAAUCGAUAGAUCGUCUCACGGGGCGCUCCAAUUGCGAGCGGAAGAACGACUACAGCACACCUUACUCAGGGGAAUAUUUGGGGACGAGGACGAAAGAUUUCCAGAUGCGUUACUGCGAGCAGAGGAGAUGGACGGUGAUGUCCAUCAGGAAACGGUAGAAGAGGCCUAUGAGGAGCAGGAUAGCUCCGACUGGUUCAUUGGGCAGGUAUGGGAGCUUCUUGGCUGGGACAUCUUGUCUGGGACAAUGCCAACGUCCAGAAGACUAUGCGAGUGA